AUGCCUCGCUUCACCAGCCCUUUUGACGGAGCCGAGCUCUUCUAUAGGGAUUACCAACCUACAAGCAAUCCCCCGCCAUUCAGAGUGGACAAAACCUAUGCAGGCAAACAGAAGCCCGCACUGGUAUUCAUCCAUGGAUGGCCAAUGUCUUCGCUGAUGUUUGAGCAACAGACUCUGCCCCUUUGCGAGACUUAUCGAUUCAGAUGCAUUGCCCCUGAUCGCCGUGGUUUCGGUCAGAGUGACUGGAACGGUGCCGAACCGGGCAAGGAGCAGAUAGACUAUGACGUCUUCGCUCAGGACACGGUCUAUCUAUUGGAGAAACUUGAUAUCCGGCCUUUUGUAUUUGUGGCAGCCAGUAUGGGCCCAGGAGAAACUCUGCUGGCGUACGAGCGCAGCGAAUAUGUCAGAAGUAACUGCAAGGGAUUCUUCUGGAUAGGUCCCGCACUUCCAUUUCCCCUGAACACUCCGGAAAACCCUACGGCACCAUCGCGCGAGGUGUGGGGAUCGAUUGUCGAAGGAUUCCGUGCUUCACGGGCUGAUUACACCCAUGAAGCUCUCCCGCUAUCACUAGCUGUACUCUCGUCAGACCGCAAAGUAUCAGAAUGCACGCUCCGCCGGGUGGAAGGCAUUGUUGCCCAGGCCGAUUCCCUCGCCAUCGAGCGCUGUGUCCAGAUCAUCACGAGCGUGGAUUUCACGGACCGCUUGCGAAAACUUGGUGCGGAAACUGAUGUUCCCAUCAUGUGCGUUCAUGGAGAUCAGGACAUGGGUUGUCCCUAUGAGUCCAGCACCCAAAUCAUCAAGGAUAUGAUUCCCAGGACGGUGGCCAGGAAGUAUGAGUCGGGUGCUCAUGGCCUGUAUAUCACGCAUCGUGAACAACUUCUUCAGGACCUACUGGCAUUCAUUGAUGGUUUCAUUGUCCACUCAUAUCUACACCCCGCGACAAUGUCUACCAAAACGAACCCUCCAGUGGUGAUGGAAUCCAUCACGCAACAAAUCGGCAAUACCCCGCUAGUCCGCCUCAACAAGGUGCCCAAGAGUCUGGGUAUCAAAGCGACUGUUUAUGCUAAAUUGGAAUACUUCAAUGCGGGGGGUAGUGUCAAAGAUCGGAUUGCACUGCGCAUGAUUGAGGAGGCCGAGCGCAAGGGAAGAAUAAAGCCAGGUGAUACGCUGAUUGAGCCUACAAGUGGAAAUACGGGUAUUGGACUUGCUCUUGUUGCUGCAGUGAAAGGUUAUAAAACUAUAAUCACUCUCCCAGAGAAGAUGUCCGCUGAAAAGGUUUCCGUUCUGCGUGCAUUGGGUGCCACAAUUAUCCGAACACCAACAGAAGCCGCCUUCGACUCUCCAGAAUCUCACAUCGGUGUCGCAAAGCGAUUGGAGAAGGAAUUACCAAACGCCCACAUUUUAGACCAGUAUGGAAAUGAAGAUAACCCACUCGCGCACGAAUAUGGCACAGCGGAGGAAAUAUGGACCCAAACUGAAGGCAAGAUCAAGGCUGUGGUAGCAGGAGCGGGGACAGGUGGUACGAUUACUGGCGUUGCCCGUGGUCUAAGGAAGUACAAUCCCAAUAUCAAAGUCAUUGCGGCGGACCCUCACGGCUCCGUCCUCGCGUUACCGGAAAUUUUGAACGAGGAGCACAUGAACGAGCCAUACAAGGUGGAAGGCAUCGGUUACGACUUCAUUCCUGAUGUGCUGGACCGUAGUACUAUUGACAAAUGGUAUAAGACGGGUGACAGGGAGUCGUUCCAGUAUGCCAGACGGCUGAUAGCUGAAGAGGGCCUUCUCGUUGGUGGGAGUAGUGGAAGUGCGAUUGCCGGUCUUGCAAAGGCAGCCAAAGACUUCAAUUUUACUCAGGAUGACGUUAUCGUUGUUGUUCUCCCUGAUAGCAUUCGAAGCUAUCUGACCAAGUUUGCGGAUGAUGACUGGCUUGCGGCGAAUGAUCUACUUCCAGAGGUCCCGCCGACGGAGCCUCCAUCACCGGAGUUGCAACCACGCGGUCCAAAGGAUCCAUUCUCAGGGGCCAAAGUUAAGGCGCUCAGAUUAAAGCCAGUUACUACAAUCCUAUCAAAUUCCACAUGCGAAGCCGCCAUCGAGGUAAUGAGAGAAAAAAGCUUCGAUCAAUUACCCGUGCUUGCCCCUACGGGGAGACGUUUGGUUGGUCUUGUAACUCUCGGAAAUAUCCUCAGCCGCCUUUCUCACGGAAGAGCUACGAGCAGCAGUCCCGUUUCCGAUGUGAUGUUUGACUUCUCGAAGUUGUCAGAGGUAGUAACAGAUCCCAGAGAUAUCUCACGGUCUGCUCCAGAACUCCUCGCUGGCUCGACGGGACGUUCUGAAUCUGAGCCGGGCGCAGAGAAGCGUCGCCAGUUUAUUGAAAUAACGCUAGAAACUCCGCUGAGCGCAUUAAAGCGUUUUUUCGAAUGGAACAGUGCCGCUGUUGUUACGGAGAAGGAUGAAAGCGGAGCUAUGAAGCCGGUGGCUGUGGCUACCAAGGUGGAUUUACUGACCUGGCUGUUACACCAGAGUAAAGUGCAAGGCUGA